AUGGCAUUUUCAACAACCUCAAAUAUUCAAUUAACUCAGGAACAAAAAGAAAGGAUUAAAGCAAAUAGAGAAGAAGCGCUAAAAAAGCGGGCGGCGGCUGAAGAAAAAUUAAAAUUGCAGCAACAACCUUCCAAGCCUGUUGAACAAAGAGAACAACAAAAUUCCAAUGAAAUUAUUAAAAAUAAAAAUUUAAUUAGUGUCGAUUUUAAAUUUUAUUUGUUGAGUUCGGAGAGGUUUAAGUUAGAAUUCCACCCAUUCGACAGUUCAAUACCUCUAAAAUUGAAAGAAAUUCCUUCAAGAAAUUAUGACUCAGCAGCCAAAAUUUGGAAUUUUUUGUUGAAAGAUUAUGAAGUGGUCAAAAAUAAAUUAAAUCAAUUACGUUCAAAAAAUGUUUUGGCUAAAUUUGAUGAAAUUCCUCUUGGAGUUAGAAAGCUUUUUCUCGAUAAAAUAUCGCCACGGAAUUUAGAGCCUACUUCAAGUGAAUCUACCUCAACUUGUCUGGACAAAGCAGAUCCCAAGAUUGUUGAGACUCUUUUUCCUUUUCAACGUUCAGGCGUCAGUUUUGGCAUUCGCAGAGGUGGUCGUUUGCUAAUUGCUGAUGAAAUGGGUCUAGGCAAAACAGUUCAAGCAUUGGCUAUUGCUUCUGCUUUCAGUGGUGAAUGGCCUCUAUUAAUUAUCUGCCCUUCUUCUGUCAAAUAUAUGUGGUAUAGACAAAUUAAAAGGUUUCUGCCUUCUGCUCGCCCCUGUUUGGUGGAAAAAGCAAAAGAUGAUCUUCCCCGUUCUAGAUGUACAAAUCUUGUUAUUAUAAUGAGCUAUACUUUAAUGGAAAUGCGUGCUGAAGAAUUAAAAAGAGAAAAUUUUUAUGUACUUAUUUUUGACGAAUGCCAUAUGCUUAAAGAAUCCAAAACUAAGAGAACGAGUGUUGCUGAUGCUUUGGCGAAAAGAGCGAACAGAAUAAUUUUGCUCAGUGGAACCCCAGCAUUAUCCCGCCCAGCAGAAUUAUUUUCACAAAUAAAAAUGAUUGACCCAAAAAUCUUCCCUUACUACAAACACUAUGCUUUUCGUUAUUGUGAUGGAAAAAUGGGAAGAUUUGGUUUUGAGGCUAAAGGACAAUCUAAUGCUGAAGAAUUAAAAGCUGUUAUGGAGAAAAUUAUGAUUAGACGUUUGAAAAAAGAUGUUCUUGAAGAUUUGCCUGAAAAACGCCGGGAAAUUAUUUUCUUGUCUGGAGAUGCUAUCGAUAAUAAAAUGAAACAGUUACUUAAAGCUAGAGAGGAAUUUGAGAGUGCUAAUAAAUUUUCUAUAGUUUGUGAAAAAUUUUUUUAA